AUGAGGGCCUUCUUAAGUCAUCAGAAAUAUGAGGAUAUGCACAAUAUUAUUCACAUUUUACAAAUCAGAAAAUUGAGGCAAAGUAACUUCCCAAGGCUACCAGGCAUUCUAGCUCCAGAAGCUGCACUCUCACCGUUUUGCUACAAAAUAUUUUUUUUUAAAAAAAAAGAAAAAGUAAAAAGAAGUCAAAAGGCAACAGAGUUCCUUGAUUAUUCCACAAAACAGUCACACCAUGCCAUUCUCGAACACUUGCAGACACACUUGACCAUGAAAGAUUCCUCAGUGAAUACCUAUCUAGUGUGA